GACUCUCUCAUUCUUUCAACCAUAAAAAAAAAAAAAAAUUAAAAAAAAAAAACUCUCAUCCCGUUGGCCAUGUCAGCACUUAUGUACACCGGUCAACGCACCGGCGUCCGAGUCGUCGUCGCUGGCGACCGCGGCACCGGCAAGUCGACCUUGAUUACCGCCGUGGCCACCGACGCGUUCGACCCCAACGUCCCUCCCGUGCUUCCCCCAACGCGCCUCGCCGCCGAUAUGUUUCCAGAUUUCGUUCCACUCACCAUCAUCGACACCUCUUCCAGCUUGGAGAAUUGCAGUAAGAGGAACGAAGAACUGAAGCGAGCGGAUGUGGUGGUGCUAACGUACGCCUGCGAUCAGCCGAUGACGCUCACUCGUCUCACUACUUACUGGCUGCUCGAGCUUCGCCACUUGGAGGUGAAGGUGCCGGUAAUUCUGGUUGGAUGCAAGUUAGAUUUGCGAAAUCCGCAGGAGCAGAUGAGCAUGGAGCAGGUGAUGUCACCAAUCAUGCAUCAAUUUAGAGAAAUUCAGACUUGCAUUGAGUGUUCCGCAUCCGCUCAAGUUCAGGUUCCUGAAGUGUUUUAUUAUGCUUCAAAGGCAGUCCUUCAUCCAACAACUCCGUUGUUUGAUCAAGAAACGCAAGGUCUGCAACCCCGAUGUAUUAGAGCUUUGAAACGGAUUUUUACUCUUUGUGAUCGUGACAUGGACGGUGCCCUUAAUGAUGAGGAGCUGAAUGAUUUCCAGGUUAAGUGUUUUAAUGCUCCGCUACAGCCCGAGGAACUUGUGCGAGUUAAAAGGGUUGUACAUGAGAGGAAACCAGAAGGUGUCAAUGAUAUUGGUCUUACCCCCAAGGGGUUCUAUUAUCUUCAUACUCUUUUCAUUGAGAGAGAACAUAUUGAAACAACUUGGUCUGUCCUCAGACAAUUUGGAUAUGAUGAUGAUCUAAAACUCAGGGAAGACAUUCUCGUACUUCCAUCCAAGCGUUCUCCAGAUCAGAGCAUGGAGCUGACGAAUGAGGCUGUUGAGCACCUGAAGGGGAUCUUUCGUAUAAAUGAUCAUGAUAAUGAUGGAGCCCUUCAACCACGUGAGCUUGAUAACCUGUUUUCUACUGCUCCAGAAAAUCCUUGGAGUGAAGCUCCUUAUGAGGAUGCUGCAGAGAGAACGGCAUCAGGGAAUUUACCUCUUAAUGCAUUUUUGUCUGAGUGGGCCCUCAUGACACUGUUAAAUCCAAAGCAAAGUUUGGCGAAUUUGAUAUGUGUUGGAUACAAUGGCAGUCCUGCUUCAGCGAUCCAUGUUACUAGGAGAAGAUCAGUAGAUCGUAAAAAGCAAAAAACGGAAAGAAAUGUUUUCAACUGCUUCGUUUUUGGUCCUAAAAAUGCAGGAAAAUCCGCUCUUUUAAAUUCAUUCAUAGGAAGGCCUUUCUCAAAGAGUGAGACUAUACCUACUGGUGAGCGUUAUGCAGUGAAUGUCGUUAACCAGAUUGGGGGGUGUAAGACUCUUGUACUGAGAGAGAUACCAGAAGACAAAGUGAAAACAUAUUUGUCUGAUAAGACCUUUUUGACACCCUGUGAUGUUGCUGUAUUUGUCCAUGACAGUUCGAGCGAACAUUCAUGGAAGAGAUCAAGAGAACUCCUUGUGGAUGUUGCUAAGCAAGGAGAAGAAAGUGGCUAUGGAGUACCCUGCCUCCUUAUUGCUGCAAAGGAUGAUCUCGGUGCAUAUCCAAUGGCAGUGCGAGAUUCACUCGUGAUAAGUCACGAAUUGGGCAUUGGGGCACCUGUUCGUGUGAGCAUGAAGUUGAGCACUAUGAAUGAUGUGUUUUAUAAAAUCGUAAAUGCAGCUGAGCACCCUCACUUGAGCAUUCCUGAAACUGAGGCUAUGAGGAACCGCAAGAAGUAUCUCCAAGUUGUUAAUCGAUCUCUUAUGUGUGUUUCAGAUGUGCUGUAUCAAAUUACAGUUGGGGCGGCUGCUGCUGUUGUCGGACUGGCAGCUUAUCGUGUCUAUGCAGCAAGGAGAAACGCUUCUGGUUAGGCUCCAGGAUUUGUCCAUCAGUCGAUUCCUGUUGCAACCUACGACAAUAUCAUUGCUGGUUAGUUUUCCAUCAUACCUUUCUCAGAAAAUCCGGGACUAGUUCAACAGGGACAUUCUCGAAACAGCACCAUGUACAGAAAUAUUAGCAAUUAUUACUUUUAUCCCCGAGAGGGCUGACUUCCGUUAACAUAUAGAAAUCUAUAACCUUAUAGUUCAUACCAGAAAUGCUUGUAAUUUAAGCAGUCAUGCAACUUCGAGUUUAUUAACAGUCAAUUUUGAUCUCAA